AUGAAAGUUUUUAACACAAAGCUUCAAACGGUAGUGAGAGAACAACUGACUGCGGAAGGACAUCCAUUACCUUCAGAAGUUAGCAUAGCAUAUAAUUUUGAAACAAACUCAAUAGAUUUUAAAGUCAUCUCUGCAAAGAAGUCAGGUUUUACAUUUAAUGAAGCAGAUGUAUAUUCGAAUGAAAACUUCAAAGCUAUUGCAUGGUUAGAUAAUGACGAUUGCUUUAAGAAAAUAUUUAAAUUCAGUGACUCAAAGAUGUCAAUAGAUGACCUUCGUGGAAUGUUACCAUCGACGUUUACAGUUGAAGGUUCAGCAGGAUUGCUUACAAGAUUGUCAAUUGGUGGUAUUUGGUCUCGUGAGAACAUUGUUAUAAAAUCCAGUAUAAGUGAAUUUGCUGAAGAAUCUAUAUUAUGUCUUUCAAACUACAUGUAUUCGCCACCGAAGCAUUAUAGUAUAACAAACUUUGUCAGUAAGUUUAACAUAAGACUUGUCGAACCUUCUUCAAUGAAAGAUGUUGUGCUACCUAAAGAUGGAAAGGAUGGACUCAUUAUUGAGAUGAUUUUAAUAGCAUAUUAA